UUCUUUUCAUGUUCACUAAAUUCUUCUUAUUGACUCUCUCCUAGGGUUUUUAUCUUUUAGCUUUGCUCGUCGGUGUCUUUUUAGGUUUUCUCUUUUUCAACUUUAUGGCAAACGAAGGCGCGGCAAACACGGAGCACAUCAAUGGAGAUAGCGGCAAGGCAGUGAGCUUAGCGUCUUUCAAGGCACAGCUGGUGCUGCCUGAGUCGAAGGCGAAUGAAGCGGUGAAGUUCUAUAAGGCGGCUUUUGGCGCAGAGGAACUUGUUCGCGUGAAUCAUUCCAAGCGCAAGGCCGAGCAGGACGUACCGCUUAUCAUCUUUGCUGAGCUCAAGAUCAGCAACAACUCCUUUCUAGUCUCCGACCAGACCGAUGACUUCGUCAAUGCGCUUGAUGGUGGUGGCUGCGGUAUCGUUUUUCGGCUUGAAACAGAAGAUGUUGCUGGUUUGGUGGCGAAGGCAGUGGAGGCAGGUGCGGUUGCUGAUGGCGAGAUCACUGAGAUGGAUGAUGCUUACGGCGGUGGCCUUCUCGGCAAGCUGAAGGAUCCCUUUGGUAUCUUGUGGUUCGUUGCCUCGGCGACGAAGAAGUCUUGCGAGGCAGAGUCUUAAACAAUUUAGUCGCUGGGUAUCUUGGUUUCCCUGUACCGCAGCUAGUUAUCUUUCUUUUUGACUAUAAUGGACCACUGUAGUACCGCGAGUAGGAGUUGAUUAUGCCGAUCGAUGAACGGACCUGAUCUUCUUAUGUUCACUUGUAGGCUCAUGCAAUCCACUGCAGCUAUUUUCUGUUCUCUAAUCCUUACCAAAACAGUAUGCAAUUUUUUUGACUGGUUGGUUUAUAUUGAUGGUUUCUCCUCAUA